AUGAGCUUCCAGAUACCUCCCAGACUCCUGGAACUGGCAGGGCAGAGCCUGCUGAGGGAUGAGGCUUUGGCCAUCCCUGCUCUGGAGGAGCUGCCAAGGGAGCUCUUCCCACCACUGUUCAUGGAGGCCUUCACUGGGGGAUACAGCAAAACCCUGACGGCGAUGGUGCAGGCCUGGCCCUUUACCUGCCUCCCUCUGGGAUCUCUGAUGCAUACACCUGACCUGGAGACCUUAAGAGCUGUGCUGGAUGGGCUUGAUUUGCUGCUUGCCCAGAAGGUUCACUCCAGUAGGUGGAAGCUGCAAGUGCUGGAUUUACGGGAUGUUGAUGGGAACUUCUGGAGCAUAUGGUCUGGGUGGCCUGUGAGAUUCCCAGAGGCUUGGAGUCAGAGGCAAACAGUGGAGGACUGUCCAGGGGUGGGCAGGCAGCAGUCACUGAAGGUGUUCAUAGAGGGCCUUUGCACUAAGGACUGGAAGCUAAAUGAGUGUCUCGCCUAUGUCUUUAAAUGGGCCCAGCAGAGGAAAGACUUACUACACCUGUGCUGUAAGAGUGUGGUGAUUUAUGAGAUGCCCAUCUACACUCUCAGAAAGUUCCUAGAAAGGCUGGACCUGAACUGUAUCCAGGACGUGACAAUGUGUAACCACUGGGGACUAUACCAACUAAUUGGGUUUGUCCCUUACCUGGCCCAAAUGAAGAGUCUUCGUAAACUCCACUUCACUUGGCCAAGGACUGAUAAAGUUAUUGCCGAAUUUACCUCUAUGUCCCUCAGCUUCCGGCCGCUUAUGUAUAUUGACCCCAUCCUCAUGAAUCACCUGUAUCGGUUAAUCAGUUGCCUUGUGACCCCGUUGGAGUCCCUUGCCAUAACAGGGUACUGGUUUUCAGAGCCAGAAAUGGAGGAUGUGUUCAUGUGUCCGAGCAUGAGGCAGCUAAGGGAGCUGAACCUGACUGGGGUCACACUGCGUGGUCUCAACCCUGAGCCCCUCAAACUACUACUAGAGAACAUCGCGGCCACCCUGCAGAUUCUGCUCUUAAAGGACUGUUGGGUCACAGAUGCCCAGCUCAGUGUCAUCCUGCCUGCCUUGAGCCAUUGCCACCAGCUCGAAAUCUUCGACUUCCGUGGGAACCAAAUCUCCAGGGUUUCCUUGGAGAACCUGCUGCGCCACACCACCGGGCUGUGCGAGUUAAGCCUGGAGAUCUAUCCCGUCCCUCGGGAGUGUUAUAGUUAUGAUUUUAAAGAUAUAUACUGGCAGAGAUUUCUCCAGCUUAGGGCUGAGCUGAUAGAGAUACUGAGGGACUUACGGCAGCCCAAGAGGAUCAUAUUCACCACCAUCCCUUGCUCUUACUGUGGUAGGAGGGCAUUCUAUGACCUAGAGCCCAGUGCAUGCAACUGUGGGGUAUUUUAA